AUGACAACUCCAAUCACUAGCAAUCGAUCAAAGGACGUGCGGCUCGACUACGUGCUCUUCACAGCAAAUGGCAUGGUGGUCGUUGAUGGUCCAUUGAACUACAUGAACCUUUUUGAUGCGAUAAUCGAUGCAAUGUACUCUGUGUUAAAGAAGGUCGGUCAUUCGGAUGUCAGCAUGGUAGCGUCAGAGAUUGGGUGGCUGUCCAUCAAUGGUGCGAUCGGGGCGACAAUGGAGAAUGCCAUGACGUAUAAUAACAACGUGGUGGCGCAUGUGACCAGCAGUGUGGGGAUGCCUAAGAGGCUGGGGAAUGCAAUAGAGACUAAUAUUUUUGCCAUGUUUAAUGAGGACUUGAAGCCCAUUGGAAUCAAAAGGGGGGUCACAAGAGGAAAACAGAUUGGCUACACUGGGCAGACAACAACAACACACAAGCAGAGGGCAAUCAGGGAGUCAGGGAGCAACCAACUGUGCCGGGUCUGCGGGUUUAAAUACAGCACAGUCACUUCACUUCCAGAAAUACCACCACCGAUGAGUUCAACCGAUUGGGAUAUGCUGAUAUUAUUUUCACAGGUUGUAACAGAUGGACAGGGAAUGAGACAGAAGUUUCAAGAUGCUGGCCACCUGGCAUUAGGUUAUUAGGCAAUUAUGUAAUCUUUGUCCCAAGUUUAUGCUAUUGGUAUGCAGCGUUACGUUUGGGGAACAGCCGUUUUGUUGUUUAUAAAUGGAUGGUUGGCUGUUCAGUGAUCUGGAUUAGGGUGGACACGUGUAUCUGUAAACUG